UACUUUGCUCGCAUAGAAGUUUAAAGUAGCUUUAUUGCCAUAGCUCAUUAGCUAGACCGGAAAAUUCUGAGGGUCUUUUGAAGGAUUGACCCGAAAGCUUUUACCUGCCUCAAACUUCAAACAACAGAGAACGUACAGCUGGAAGAGGAGUUUAUGCUAUUUCUCUCUUAACAUAUGCUGAAGCUGCAAUUACACAAUUUAAAACAUUAAUACUUCGAGUUUCCUUAAUUGGACUAAAAUGAGCACCAAGGAACCAGAGGUAUACCUACCUGAAGUUGGAAACUCAAAUCAGUUAGAGGCUAACAAUUCAAGUUAUGUUUCUCAUGUCAAGAAGCUACUACAUCGACGAAUGCUGGUUGGUAUAAGUGAUGGGAGGUUCUUUCUAGGUACGUUUUAUUGUAUUGAUAAGCAAGGAAACAUAAUUCUUCAAGAUGCAGUUGAGUACCGGAGCACCCGAAGAUCUGCUCCUUCCCCGAUGGAACAACGGCUUCUUGGUCUCAUUUUAAUCCCUUCCUCAUGCCGGAAAACAUGUCAUGUGGAUUGUUCUAUUGACGAACAGCUGUCCCUAAUGUCGCUUGGGGAGCAAAUUUCAUAAUUAUUUGUGGCGAAUAAACUUUAUAAAAGUUGAUCCAAUGAUGAAUAUCUUCCCCGUUUGAUUUAAUCUGACAAUUCAUUAUCCUGUUUUCAAGUAACUUCGCUGAUGUUAUAUUAUCAUGUGUUUUUGUUCUCAGCUAGAAAGAUGCUGUUUUGUUCUCUCCCUUGUUGUGAUUGGAGUUGCAAAGGAUUGGCUGGUUCAUGUUU